AGUUUGAAAGAACGCAUUAUCCGGACGUAUUCGCUCGUGAACGUUUGGCUGGUAAAAUAGGAUUGCCUGAAGCAAGGAUACAGGUGUGGUUUUCUAAUCGACGUGCCAAGUGGCGGCGUGAGGAAAAAUUGCGAAGUCAGAGGCAUACCCCAAAUUCCACCGGUACAAGUGGAACUUCAACCUCGACUUCGGCUACGACUUCAUUAACUGACAGUCCCAAUAGUUUGGGUGGUUGCUCAGCCCUAUUGGUCGGAUCAGCAGGAAGUGGGUUGAACAGCUUGUCAUCGCCCCACCCUAUAUCUACACCCACUGGUGGCCUUGAGGCAUCUGAGGCACACCACUCAGCUGGUGGGGGAGGAGGAAGCGCACAGAUUCGAAGUGGAACGCAUGACGUUGGUAAUGAAUGUGCUUCGGGGCUGGAGAUUACGGAUCAUCGACAUCAGCAUCAUCAUCAUGUUCCUCACACGCUCGUGCCGUCCAUUUCUCCGCGGCUCAACUUCAACAGUGGGUUUAGCAGCUCAAUGAGUGCUAUGUACUCGAACAUGCAUCAUAGUGCGUUAUCGAUUAGUGAGGGUUAUAGCUUUAGUCACCAAACUGUUGGCCCGGGCAUCGCUCAACAAAGAGAUCUGACCCCGUCCUCAAUGUACCCGUGCCACAUGCCAUUAAGGCCGCCCCCCCUAGGGCCGCAUCAGCUGGUCUGCGUAGGAGGCGCUACAAACGAGAGCACCAAUGUCAGCAGUAGCCCUACAGUGAACAUUAGCAAUCCAGCUAGUACCAAUUCAACUGGAUACGAGUCAUUAUCAGCUUAUGGCUUGCCGCCACCACCACCAGCUCCGGCUUCAGUAUUGGAAACAUCUACCACUAAUACUGCUAUUAGUGCUGCCCAUCAUCAGAGCAUGGAGUCUCGUCCAUCUACGUCCAGUCCAAGUCAAAUGUCCCAUGGGUCGGCAUUUGGGAGCGAGAGUAUAUCACCGGCUAUGCCCGCUUACGCACACAUGAGCUACAACUACGCCAACAGCCUGGCAUCCUCUGGUGGAGCAAAUCCAGCGGGUGCUCUUAAUUCGCAUGGGUCGGGAAAGCAACAGUUUUUUGCGUCUUGCUUCUACUCGCCGUGGGCAUAAGUGCAGGCUUAGUGCAUAUAAGAUAUAAUUAAUAAGUCGCUAUAUAAAUCAGCGUUCAUGCCAUCAAACAAACUACUGAAGUAUUGUUUAUGCCAUAUCUUUCAUAUCAAAGUUACACUUCGGAAACUCACAAAAUUGAAUUAACAUAUCUUUCAAUGAACACAUUAAAUAUUAUUUAAGCAUGAUGAUUGUACAAAAAGGCAUAUAUGUAUAUCCGCUCAAAAAUGCCACCAAUCAUUACAAUAAUUGGUGUGAUUUGA